AUGCUGGCCCGUUCUCUUAUGCUGCUGGGCGGCGCUGCCGUCUUGCCGGCCAGUUCGAUGUUGAUCCCCCCGGAGAUGGAGCAUCAAAUGGAGCCAGUUCAAGACGGAUUUAUGAACGUUCAUCCCGUGAUUCUGGCUGAUGCUCAUCAUGCGAUGGUCAGCGUCCCGUGCCAGGACUGUCCUUUCCGCGAAGUUGACCACGAAGGUGUCGCCACCUGGGUCGAGGGCAAAUCCCCCUCACUGCCAUCUCACCCGCUCAUCGGACGGGAACGACCACCUUUGAACAAAUCUGUGCUGACACAUGACUCUGGCCAGAUGCUGGAUUUCUCCAUCGAGGAUAAUCUGUUGUUGGCCAACGGACGACAGAUUUUCCCUCCAGUCGAUCCUGGUCCUCUUCGCGCUAUCCAGCAACUUCAAGAUGGGCAGAUUUCCGAGCCUAUGGCCUUGGGAUACGCCUUGGAAAUGAUGCCACUGGAGACAAGUGAUAAGGACGCCGGAUCGGAAAUCUACGACGUGCGAUUGACCAUUCUUGACCUCGAGAGACAUCCUGUCCCAGUGGACACGGUCGCCGUUACGCUCUUGCAGGCCCCCGACGGCGAACUCUUCAUCGCCAAAACCAAGAUCGAACCAACCGCCCCACCUUCAUCUGAUCUCUCGUGGAAGAAGUGCGAUGGCAAGGUCGCUUGUCUGCGGGAGCUCGCAAUUGCCCGGGUACGAGGCCUUCUCGCGGCUGCGAAGGGGCGUGUUGCAGCCGCUGCUGGGAAGACUGGCCGAAAGGGCUGCCACGGAAAGCACAACCCAGCUAAGGGCAUGGGUGCGUUUUCCGAAUUCGAAAAGGAACACCAUUGGGGUGGUCAUCGUCACCAUCACCACCACCAUCGCCCCCAUGGUGCGUUCGUCCGGACUUUCCGAAGAAUCAUUCACUUCAUCAUCGUUCCAGCUCUCGUCGGAAUCUUGGCUGGUGUGGCGGCAAGCUCAAUCGGCAUGCUUAUCGGUCAAGCCGUCGUCUUCAUGUGGCGACGAUACAGGGUUGGUCAGCCCCAGGAGCACAAGGCUUCUUGGGAGCAGGGCGAAUCCUGUGAAAAGCAAAGUCUUAUUGAGGACUCUGUAGAGGUUUCUGAGCAGGAUGAUCUUCCGCAGUACACCGAGUCCGUAACUCCCCGUGGCUCCAUGGACAAGAACUAA